AUGGAUAGCAUAUCGAAAAGCUUAGUAAUUCCUACUUCAGUUGGCUAAAUUGAUGAGACUUGGAUCUUCAUAUCUUCUUGAAGCAGCCACACUAAUAGAAGAAGAAAAUAAUAUCAAAAUCGAAAAUGACAAGAAUACAAAAAUUGAAAAAUCGCUUGUGGAAAAUGAAUUAAUUAAAGAUUUGCCAAUAGAAAAUAAAAUAACCAAGAAAGAGCCAAAAAUAGUUAGAAAAGAAAUUAGUGAAGAAAAUCCAAAUAAAAUUCCUUUAGAAGACCAAGAAUCAUCAAAAAUUUCUUCAAUUAUUGCAAAGACAUGGAAAAACAAUAUCGCAAAGACCUGCCAAGAAUCUCCCUCAAAAAACGGAAAAUCUACCAAAAUCGAGGCCACUCCCCCAAAAUCUGUAAAGAAAAUCCCAGAAAAAGCAAGCAGCUCAAAAAAUGAAUCACAACAGGAUAAUAAAACAAAAAGUUCUAAUAGUGAAAAUAGUGAUACUGAUACUGAGCAAGAUGAUAGUGACUCAUCUGAUAGCGAGCAAUUUAUAAGGAAAUACUUUAAGCCAAAUGAAUAA